AUGGGAUCUACACGAGUAGUGACUGAGGGUGGUGACCCGUGUUGUCAUCAUUCCGACAUCUUGAUUUCCACAUGUCCGUACGUGAGAUUUGAGGGCAUCACAAACCCUGCUUCAAAGCCUCUUGUUCUCUGGCUAAAUGCCGGAGCUUUUAUUGAGCACGGACCCUUUAGACCAAGUGGUUAUAAUCUUGUCGAGAACGAGUAUAGCUGGAAUAAAGAAACAAAUAUGCUGUACCUGGAGUCACCAGCUGGAGUUGGUUUUUCUUACUCAUCUAAUAAAUCAUUUUACAGCUAUGUGGACGAUGAGAUAACAGCACAAGACAGUCUCUUAUUCCUGAAACUCUGGUUUGCCAAGUUUCCAGAAUACCAAAACAGAGAUUUUUUUAUCGCAGGAGAGAGCUAUACCGGUCAUUAUGUUCCACAACUUGCACAUCUCAUUGUUCAGUCCAAUGUGAAGUUCAAAUUGAAGGGGAUCGCGAUAGAGACUCCUCUUCUGGAAUUCGCCAUUGAUUUCAAUGCGCCGAACGAGUAUUACUGGUCUCAUGGCUUGAUAUCUGAUGCCGUUUAUAGCCUUCUCAGUAAAUAUUGCAACAGUUCUCUGAUGAUGCGAGAGGCCAUAAAUGGCGGCUUUCUUUCUCCCGCCUGUACUGUUGUAGAUACCCAACUUUCAAGAGAACUUUCUCAGUCAAUCAAUAUAUACUAUGUCAUUGGUGAUGUUUGUGAGCAGUCAUCUGGUCAAUCUCAAGUGGAGACUCUGUAUCAUCCUCUACAAUCUAGAGUUGAGACUUUGUCAUCAUUUCAUUCACUAUCAUAUGCUUCCAGCCACCAGCUAGUUAGGCAGAGCAAGGAAGAUGUCUGCGCUCAAGAAAAUAUAGACAAGUAUUUGAACAAGAAAGAUGUGCAGCAGGCUCUCCAUGCCCGGCUCGAUGGAGGCCCAAAAUGGGUUUUAUGCAGCAAGGUUCCAAAAUAUGAUGUGAGAGACCGAGAGAAACCUACGACUCCUGUCGUAGGAUCCCUUGUCAUGUCUGGCAUCUGGGCCUUGGUUUACAGUGGAGAUCAGGAUUCAGUUGUCCCUUUUACCGGGACUCGGACACUCGUGCAUGGAUUAGCAAUGGAGUUGGGACUGGAAACAACUAUACCUUACAGAGCUUGGUUUGAAGGAAAGCAGGUUGGUGGUUGGACAGAGGUAUAUGGAAACAUCCUACCCUUUGCCAACAUAAGAGGAGCUUCUCACACAGCUCCAGCCUCUCAACCAGAGAGAUCAUUAACGCUCUUUAAGGGGUUUAUUGCAGGCCAACCACUGCCGGCAACAUGAUCAAGUGGUAAAAGAGAGAUCUUUACUCAGGAAUAUAUAUUAAGUUCUAUUAAUGAGAGCUGAUCAAUGUUGUUGUAUGGCAGAUA